AUGGCCGAUCGCGACAUUCUCCCAGGCACAGUGAAGCCAGUCCACUACGAUCUGUUGCUCACAGAUCUGGAAUUCAAGGACUGGACCUACAAGGGCACUGUCAAGAUCGAUGCUAAGCUCACCCAGGCCUCGUCCGAGAUCGUCAUCAACACCUGGGAUGUCAAGCUUCACAAUGUCAAGGUCUCAGUCGAGCAGACCAAGGCCGGUCAGACCUUUGAGUCGACCGACUUUGCCUAUGACACCAAGAAGCAGCGAACCACCAUCCGGUUCAAGGAGCAGCUUCCUGCGUCGGCCAAGGCCCAGAUCGUCAUUGACUUUGAGGCCAUCAUCAACCAUGACAUGUCUGGCUUCUACCGCUCCCAGUACAAGCCUCCCAAGGACACCCCUGCCGCGGCCUCUGUACCGCGUGAUGAGGACUUCCACUACAUGAUGAGCACCCAGUUCGAGGCCUGCGAUGCUCGCCGAGCCUUCCCCUGCUUUGACGAGCCCAACCUCAAGGCCACCUUUGACGUCGCGCUCGAGAUCCCGGACGACCAGGUUGCCCUGAGCAACAUGCCUGUCAAGGAGGAGAAGCCAGGCAACAAGUCUGGGACCAAGCUGGUCACCUUUGAGCGAACGCCCGUGAUGAGCACCUACCUUCUGGCCUGGGCCAUUGGCGACUUUGAGUACAUCGAGGCCCUGACGGACCGCCGGUACAAUGGCAAGCAGAUCCCCGUCCGAGUCUACACGACUCGCGGGCUGAUUGAGCAGGGCCGGUGGGCUCUUCAGCAUGCUCCCAAGUACAUCGACUUCUUCAGUGAGAAGUUUGAGAUCGACUACCCUCUGCCAAAGUCGGACAUCCUUGCCGUGCACGAGUUCACGCACGGGGCCAUGGAGAACUGGGGCCUGGUCACCUACCGCACUACCGCCAUCCUCUUCGACGAGAAGCAGUCCGACGCUGUCUUCCGCAACCGCAUCGCCUACGUGGUCGCCCACGAGCUGGCUCACCAAUGGUUCGGCAACCUGGUGACUAUGGACUGGUGGGAUGAGCUCUGGCUCAACGAGGGCUUCGCCACCUGGGCUGGCUGGGUUGCGACGGAGCAUCUUCACCCCGACUGGGACGUCUGGGCCCAGUGGGUCAACGAGGGCAUGGAGACCGCCCUCGGGCUUGAUGCCGUGAGGGCCUCUCACCCCAUCCACGUCCCCGUCCGCGAUGCGCUGGAUGUCAACCAAGUGUUCGAUGCCAUCAGCUACCUGAAGGGCUGCUCGGUCAUCCGCAUGUUGGCGAACCACCUCGGCACCGAGACCUUCCUCAAGGGCGUCGCCAUCUACCUGAAGAAGAACAAGUACGGCAACGCCACCACCCAGGAUCUGUGGGCCGGCCUGAGCGAGGCCUCUGGCCAAGACAUCAACACCAUCAUGGGACCGUGGGUGGAGAAGAUCGGCCACCCCGUUCUCACCGUUGCCGAGGAGCCCGGCCAGAUCACCGUCAAGCAGUCGCGUUUCCUGUCGACCGGCGAUGUCGAGGCCAAGGACGACACGACGACCUGGUGGGUGCCCCUCUCGUUCGAGGGCAAGGCCGGCACCCAGGGCAUCGACACCGUCGCCCUGACCACCAAGGAGGAGACCAUCCGCGACGUCAACGACGACUUCUACAAGCUCAACUCGAACGCGACGGGCUUCUACCGCGUCAGCUACCCUCCCGCGCGCCUGGUCAAGCUCGGCACUCAGCUCGACAGGCUCAGCGUCGCGGACAAGAUUGCCACGGCCGGCUCCGCCGCCGAGCUCGCCUUCUCCGGCUACGGCACCACGCCCGCCCUCCUCUCGUUCGUGCAGGGCUUCAGCGGCGAGAGCCACUACCGCGUCCUCUCCCAGGCCCUCGACGCCGUCGGCACCGUCAAGGGCAUCUUUGGCGAGGACGACGACAUCCGCAGGGUGCUGGAGCGCUUCAUCCUCGAGCUCAUCGAGCGGCCCCUGAGCACCAUCGGCUGGGACUUCCCCGCGGGCGAGGACUUCAACAAGGGUCUCCUGCGCAAGAGGCUGCUGCUGGCUGCUGGCGUCAACGGUCAUACCGGCGUCCAAGAGGAGGCGCUGCGCCGCUUCAGAGCCCUCCGCCAGGACCCCGCCAACAACCGGCCGCACCCGGACCUCCGGCGGCCCAUCUACCGCGUGGCCCUCAAGGCGGACCCGGCCGACACGGUCGCCUUCCUGCAGGACGAGUGGCGCACGUCCAACGCGCCCGACGGCCGCGAGGUCUCGCUCGCGACCAUGGGCCACGUCUUCGACGCCGGCGUCGUCACGCGCACGCUGCUGCCCUUCCUCUUCGGGCGGGGCUCCGACUGCGUGCCCGCGGGCGACAUGCACUACCUGGCGUCGGGGCUGGCGCACAACCGCGUCGCCCGCCCGCUGCUGUGGCAGUACAUGCGGGAGAACUGGGGCGAGGUCGUCGCGAAAGUGGGCGGCAAUCCCGUCGUGCUGGACCGGCUGGUCAAGGUCUCGCUGCAGCAGUUCUCGGACCGCGGGGCGCUGGCGUCGAUCGAGGGCUUCUUCGCCGGCAAGGACACGGGCGCGUUCAACCGCACGCUCGAGACGGUCAAGGACCGCAUCCGCGGGCGGGCGGCGUACCGCGAGCGCGACGCGGCGGUCCUGCGCGAGUGGGCGGCGGCUCGCGGCGCGGCCUAG